UGAUGCUACAAUUAAGAUAUGUAUAACAAGUUGAGCAGAAUGUGGGACUAUUGGAUAAUGUAUAUCUUAUAAAUAAUGAAGCUUCUAAUAUAAUAGAUAUACCAAGGAUAAAUAAGAAUUAUGUUCCAGAUGGAACCACUUGUAUUGAUAGAACAACAUGUUCUUAAUAAAACAAAACAGCUUGUGAUAAUUCUGGUAUUGAUGGAUAAUGAUAAUGGAAUUUAUGUAGAUUAGUAGAAUGUACAAAUAAAAUUGCUAAAACUGAUUAAUAACGUUAACUCUAUAAAGUUAAAAUAUUAUAUGUACUACUGAGGUUUUAAAUGUGUUGCCUCAUAAAAAUGUACUUUCUAUUAAACUUAAGCAGUAUGUACAACAGGAGAAGAUCAAAUAUCAUGUAUUUAUACCUUCC